AUGGAGGUGGCGUUUAGAUGUUGGAAGCACCGUUAUCACGCUGGAUAAAUAACUCUAUGAACCCAACUCAAGUUCGAACAUCUUCAGAUCAAUUUCUACUCAAGUUCAAAGCCCUUCGUAUCCAAUGUCUAGACCGAAAAAUUACGGACCGACUGUUACGAACCAACAGCCCGGUGAAGCCAUACUAAGUUCGUCACACCGACCCCAAUGGGAGGUAUAAUUUCUACUCAAAUUCAAACCCCCUCAAAGCCACGGCUCAAGUCGAAAAAUCACGGCCUGUUUUCUUUCGGGGGGACAAAAGUUUCUACUCCAGCUCAACACCCUUCAGAGCCGAUGUCUAAGCCAAAAGCUCAAGGACAUUUUUCUUUGGGGGGGAUGAAAAUGUCUAGGCCCAAAAAUCAGGGACCGGUUCCUGUGAGGGAGACAAAAAUAUCUAUUCAAGUUCAGCACCCUUCAGAGCCAAUGCCGAAGUCGAAAAAUCACGGACCGUCGCCUUUGGGAGGGAAAACAAUAUCUACACCAUUCGAAUAUCAUCCCUUAACGCGGUCCGGGGAGAUUAGGGUCUUCACUCUUGACCCUGCCCCAAACAGAGAAGCGCCUCUUAAGGGCUCGUUCAAACAUGUCGUGGUUCUUACUGAGUAUUUCACUGACCAUUACGUUGCUCUAUCCUAUGUUUGGGGCGAUAACACAACUGUCGGUGCGAUUGAUGUCGACGGCCACAAGAUCGGAAUCGGUGCUAACCUCACCGCCGCAUUACGAGACCUUCGACAUACGACAAGGGCUCUCAACAUAUGGAUCGACGCGCUGUGCAUUGACCAAAAGAACAUCCCCGAACGGAACAAGCAAGUUUCUCUCAUGAAGGAUAUCUACUCCACGGCAAGCAGCACUAUAAUCUACCUCGGUCCACCGAGUCCCGAUGCGGAGUUUAUCUUCCAGCAAAUAGGGGGAGGAGCGUUCAGGGGUUUCGAUGACGCCAGCAGUAACAAGUCUAUUCCUGCAUAUAAUGGAGGCUCGAAAGGUCGAAUCCCCUUGAAAGGGGCCAUGGAUAUAACCACGGCAUCCAGCCAAUUCCUAGCCAGACCUUGGUUUUCUCGUGCUUGGACAUUCCAAGAACUAGCUCUGUCAAGGGACCCCUGGAUCCAAUGCGGCGUAACAAAGGUGCGAUGGAUGGAUCUCUGCAAUUUCCUUACACCACUACUACGAGAGACGCCGUCGAAGGGGGGAAACACCUUGACAUGGAUGAACAAGGUCCAUGAUGCUUUAUACACCCAUCACAACGUAGACCCCGAGAUACUUAACCUUUGGCGUAUACUCAAGCUCCGAGGGGAUAGCCAGGCCACCGACCCCAGAGAUCUGAUAUAUGCGAACAUGGGGCUUCACAAGGACCGUCCCGAGGUCGGGGAGUUCGUGCAAGUCGACUACAACAAGACGGCUCGGGAGGUCUUCAUCGACGUCGGCCUGUACAUGAUGAAGUAUCACGGUCUCGGUAGAGCGGUGUCCAACAUCUCCAACUCUCCCCUCAGAUCCAGUCUCCCGUCGUGGGUGCCCGACUGGGGCUUCAACGUCAAGUUGGAAUCUCCUCAUGGGGCUGGGGCAUAUCUUCACGGAGUACAGCUUGGCCCCCCAACAUCCGAGCAGGACGUGCUCUUGAUCAAAUCCCACCGUUCUCCGCUGGUCGUCACGCACAUCAGCAGCGUCCUUCUCCCGCGCCCUCGGUCGCCCAAGGAAGGCGGGCUAGGGAACGUGGACUCGACGGGGGGCAGCGGCUAUUUCUCCAAAGCGUCGCACAGCCCCGUCAAAGGCGCCGUGUCGAAAGUAUGGGCGGAGUACGGCUGGUUGCGACGCACGCUCGAAGACGGGGGCAGACGCCCUAUGGAUUGGCUGAACGGCAUCAGCAACGACAAUGCCUGCCAGCUGGUGAUGAAGAUGUACGACGACAGGGUGCACGACCCGCGAAUCCCGUCCCGGAUAGCCUUGCUCAACAACUCGGUGGCGGCUAUUGUGGACGAGAAGGUUCGCGUCGGGGACAGCAUCGUCGCGCUGGAGAGCAUCAGCUUUUACCAGGGGGGAAGCUUCCAUGUGAGCAAGCAGGAAUUCCCGGCCCAGGUUGUGGUUCGCAAAUUGGAAUCGGAUGUUCCCUCUAGGCUUGAUAGCAAGAUCGUUGCCGCGUUUCCGCGGAGCGAUAAGUAUGUCGGGCGGCGUCAACAUUGUCGUCUGGUAGCUCCUCAGGUUGUUCGGAUCGAAGAGACGACAGCAAAGCAAGAAUCUCUGUUGAUCGUCCACUGAUAAUUAUUAAUGUAACAGUAUAUUGAUUUUUUGGAUGUACAUAGGCGUUGGUGUAAAUCUUGGAUUGGGUUAGGUUAGAUUAGGUACCUAGGUAGUCAUUUUGAAAGCUGUCAUCUAUCGAAUGAUUUACAAAUGUAGCGACUGUCGGGCAGAGGUAGUAUUGUC